AUGACUUCUCUAAAAAAUGAUAGUCGAAUUACUAAAGAAGUGGGGCAGAGAAAUAUGACCCAUUAUCGAGAUCCGGCUGCUACAAGAUUGUUGACUCAUGUGGUUGAUGUUAUAUUGGCGUUUACUCUACUUUUCUCCACUGAAGAUAAUCCGAUGAGCACUUCAACUUCCAUCCUCUCUCAAUCAAAUUCUGCUACACUGCCAAUUCUUGUAUAUGCCUCUUCUCGUCUUUAUCUUUCCUUUCUCAUCGAUGACAGAUGGACCUAUAAGCCUCCCGCAAAUAGCUUACUAGACUUGCGCUACAGUGACUUUGAGGCUUCGGCUUCCUCAUCCACCGCGGCUAAUUUCAAUAAUAUUCAUUCAGAACCUCACGGUUGUCUACCUGAAUUGGCAGUUACCCCUGAUGCUCCUAGCCCUGAUUUCCUCUCUGCUGGACAGGGAAACCUCAGACUGACUAGAGAACUUUGCCAUCUCUGGUGCUAUCUCGUUCAGUCAAGUCUACUCGUAUUCACUGCUCAUCAAGCCGCUUUCAUGUUCAACGCAUACCGCCGCCUUGUACAAUACAUCAGUCUCCCUGGCCAAGCUACUUCACCAUGUCCACUUGGUCAGACCGACUUGUGGCGCGUUGUGUUGUCACGC